AGCCGCAGUGUGUUAAGUCGGAGAAGAGCGGCGGUAGGCGAGCCUCCCUCUCAUUGGUGUGGGCGGGGCUAGAGCCGGUGUCCCCACUGAACUUCCUUGUUGGCGUAGGCGGAGCUGUAGGCGGUGUUCCUGGUCCGUACGACGCGCAGUGGUAGUCAGUCUGCGGUUUGAAUACACGGAGGAGGCCAUCCCGUCUGUCAGGGAUCUCGGCAUGAUGGAGGUUGAGGCCGGCUCUUCUGUGGUGUCUGAUGAAGACAAAGCCGUGAAGACUCACUUUAAGGUGACGAGGUUUAUUAUGGAGGCCGGUGUUAAGUUGGGAAUGCAGUCCAUCCCAAUAGCUACGGCUUGUACAAUCUAUCACAAGUUUUUCCAUGAGAGCGUGCUGGAUGAGUAUGACCCGUACCUUGUGGCAAUGUCCGCCAUUUACCUGGCUGGAAAGGUAGAGGAGCAGCACCUUCGAACACGAGACAUCAUCAAUGUUUGUCAUAGGUAUCUGAAUCCGGGGAGCGAUCCGUUAGAAGUAGACACCAAGUUCUGGGAACUCCGGGACAGCAUUGUCCAGUGUGAAUUGCUGGUGCUGAGGCUGCUUCAUUUCCGGGUCUCCUUCAACCAUCCGCACAAAUAUUUGCUGCAUUACCUGGUUUCGGUAAAGAACUGGAUGAAUCGGCACAGCUGGGAGCGAAAUCCCAUUGCUACGGCUUCCUGGUCUCUUCUCAGAGACAGCUACCACGGAGACAUUUGUCUGCGCUACGAGGCCCAGCAUAUCGCCGUAGCGGUAAUAUACUUCGCUCUGCAGUGCUACGGGGUGGAAGUCCAAGGAAGCGACAGUGCUGAGAACCAGUGGUGGAAGGUAUUUAGUGAGGAUAUAACAAGAACAACCAUCAAUGACAUCAUAUCUGAACUAAUAAACAUUUAUACCCUGGAUACCGAAAUCCCUUGACCACAAUGUUACCGAGGACUGAACUGAACUACCUGAAGACAAGGGAUAUGUUGGCGGCUUCUUUCAGAUAAUUUCCUUCUAUGGCCAGACUUGGGGUACCUUCGUUAUAAUCCAAACCAUCUUUUCACAACGCCAACUCCUUCUCCAAAGUGACUUUUCAACCAUUGCCUUGUGACUUUUCCUGAUUGCAAAGUUCAGAAUGGGGUUGUAUCCCGGGAACACUGUCAAAUUUGGACUUUACAUUCAGAAUUGUUUGGAACAUUUAUUGGGUUGUCAAGCCAAGAGAUGGGUCAUCGGAGCAGACAGGACAAGCCUUCCAGGAAUAGAAAACUUAAUGCCUAAACCAGGGCUCGACAAAAUCCGGGCGCCCGGUCGCAAUUGUGACAAGAAAUUGUGACCUGCCGCCCGGGGAAGCU